GCUGGCAUACAGAGAGGCUGCAGCGGCUUCCUCGUUUCUUUAUUCUGCACGCAGUGCUCCCACUGUCCUCCUUGCCAAAACAAGUAACCUGGAUUAAAAAAAACAAACAAAAAAAACAAAGAAGAGAAUUAAAGAAAUCUUUUCGACGUGCACUCCACCCGAUGUGAAAAAGUCAAAGAGGGUAAAGGAGAGCAGAUAAAAACAGAAGAGAAAUGGGAGCGUUCAGAGUGCUGCUGGGGAGUUUACAUUACAUGGGACUCUACAUGCAACUUAGUGUGUCCACAACGCAAGCUGGACACGGCGAGGUGGAGAACCACAUCUCUGGGAACGCCAUGUUCACAGAGGUGCCUCAUGAUAUGAGUGCUCAGAGAGGUCAGGACGUGGAGAUGGCCUGCUCCUUCAGAGGGGCGGGAACGCCCUCGUAUUCACUGGAGAUCCAGUGGUGGUACAUCAGGAACCACCAGGACUGGACAGACAGACAGCCCUGGACAACCAAUGAAGUGGCUCCUGAGGAGAAGAUGCCAAAGGAUGCUACAAAGAUAAGUGUUGUGAAGGUUGUAGGAAGCAACAUCUCCCAUAAACUCCGCCUCUCCCGGGUCAAGCCGUCUGAUGAGGGCACAUACGAGUGCCGUGUCAUCGACUUCAGCGAUGUCGCAGGUGCCCGCCACCACCGCGUCAGAGCCUACCUGCAGGUGGUGCCAGAGAGCGACAUCAUCGACAGUAACCACAAUGACAAUUUCGAGGCCCUGGACGAUACCAAAGGAGGAGUGGCGUUUGUCGACGGGGACGGCAUGGAGUCUCACGGUGGCGCCAAAGUGCACGCUCAUGGCCAUCACCAGAAUCACGGGCACCCCCAGGAGCACGGCAAGCGGCCUUCAUCGCCGGCCCACCACGGCCACAGCCACAGCGGCAUCAGUCAGCAGAACAAGGCAGGCAAAGACCUGAAGAAGAGGGACGUAGACAGUAACCAUAGCGACAAUGACUGCACCAACGAGCCAAGCUGUGCACUGUAAAUGUUGGCUUAUUACACCUGAGUGAUAGAUUACACAAGGAUUGCAUAACAUGAUGUGUGUUACAGCAUAAAAAGCUAUUCUUCCCACACAGUGCAAGCGUGUGCACAAAUCCAGAAUCCCUAGAAAUGUACAGUAUGGCUUGUUCAGAGCACAGUGCUGUAAACUGUGCUGGGGAAUGUAGCUUUUUCUUGCUGUGCAUGGGUCUGGGUUGGACUGCUCACUGUCUGUAAAGACUUUCUGCAAGGGGAGCUGAUAGAUCUAAGCAGCUCCACUGUUUCUGGUCACAGCAACAACAAAAAAGAAAGAUUUGUCUUACUAUCAACCCAUGCGCUGUUCCACUCUUGUACUUUAGAUACUGUAAAUGACACAACCCUGCUUUCAGGCUCAUACUUCUUCCACUGCCUUACUCUCUCAUUUGAUACACCCUCAGAAAAAAAGUAUGUUAUACCUUUUUCUAACUGGGUCUGUGCCCAGUAAAAGAAAAUGUUCCUUUUAUUCUGAGUGUGCAUUGAAUGAAACUAAACCGCCUGUAAUUCUUACCUGGAAAUCUUGUCGAGUCUGAUUCCUUAGCUUUUUAUGUAUAGCACUAGCUUCCUUGCAUCCUUUUGUGUGUUCAAAUAAUGAACAUGAAUAUGGUGCAAAAUUUGUAAACUGCAAUUUAUUCUGUGUUUACUCACAGGGGGAAAGAAAUAUGCUUUUUUCAGCAGAAACUCAUCAAGGUCCCAGAGCAGCAGUGCUCAUCAAGGACAGAUACAGCCUCAAUUUAGUUGAGUUGGAGUUAAUACAGUGGCAGUGUAGGAUUUCUUCCACAUUUGUGUGCUUUUCAAACACAGCACAUCACAGGCUUUAUUUUCCCCACAGCACAUUUGAGCUUAUAAAUUUGCAGCUCAACAGAAAACAUGAUUUUUGUUCACCUCUUGUGCUGCAGGUUUAAACCAUCCAUGGCUAUUUAAGCUGAGAGAAAUUAAUCGUAUUGAUCAAUCCUGUUAUUCCAUGUGGACUCCAUCUGUUUGGAAAGCCAUAAAUAGGUCAAAGUCUGUGCCGCUAAAUAAAAAAGAAUCUGACUUUUUUGUGCCUCUGAAUCUACUAAAAAUCAUUGGAAGAAAUGUGAACUUGCUGCAAGAUACUUUUUGGAAAGAGCAGUGCUGUAUUCAUAUCCCAGCUUAGUUCCCUUAUUCCGAUGCUCUGGCCCAUUGCUCAUCAAUCAUUGAAAAAGCCUCAAUCCUCUCCACUACAAGCCUCUAAUCCACUCUGUAUAUAUGACUGUAUAAUAUGAAAUAAAGUGAGUGCAUGUUCAGUAAUUUUCUUAAAACUUUUUCAACCAACCAUACACAAAGACAGUGUGUUAAUAUUUUUGUCAUUUAUUUGUUUGGUUCAUUUAAUAAAAGACAUUCCAUUCUGUUCUGAAUCUUUUUA